GUCCAUUCUCAGACGUGGUCACCACAAAUCUCAAGCUCUCCAACCCUACAGACAGGAAUGUGUGUUUCAAGGUGAAGACGACGGCGCCGCGCCGGUACUGUGUGCGGCCAAACAGUGGAAUCAUCGAUGCAGGCACCUCAAUCAACGUCUCAGUUAUGCUGCAGCCUUUUGACUACGAUCCCAACGAGAAGAGCAAACACAAGUUCAUGGUCCAAUCCAUGUUAGCACCUCCUGACAUGACCGACAUGGAGGGAGUGUGGAAGGAGGCAAAGCCAGAUGAGCUGAUGGACUCCAAGCUGAGGUGUGUUUUUGAGAUGCCAGUGGAGAACGAAAAAUCGCAUGACAUGGAGUCCAACAAGAUGAUGUCGUCCAGCUUGCUGAAGUCAGAUUCCUCCACGCUGCCUCCAAAGUCAAUGAGCUCCACCCUCGACGACGGCGAGGUAAAGAAGAUCAUGGAGGAGUGUAAGAGGCUGCAGAUGGAGGCUCAGAGGCUACGGGAAGAAAACAAACAGAUCCGGGAGGACGACGGUCUGCGGAUGAGGAAGAGUAACAUGAUGUCAUCUCAGCACUCCUCAGUUGGCAUAAAGAAAGAGGAGGGGUUGAGCGCCCGCACGGUGGCCAUCAUCGUGCUCUUCUUUCUGGUGGGCGUCAUCGUGGGCAAGUUGGUGUUGUAGACGGCAGCGCAGUUCGGUCGGCCGCAGCAUGCUUUCAGGGGGAUGAAAACAAACACGGGAUCUGGGAUUUUGGAUCAGAAAUGCCAUAUCCACUGGGUGGGGGGUGGUACUAGUUUUGAUUCAGUCUCAUUUAUGUAAAAAAUUUCAAAAGUAUUGUAUGAGGGGAAAAAAAAUAAGAAAAAACAAUUCACCAUCUUAUGAACAAACCUACUGUUACAGGUCUUGCCUCUACGUAAUCAUCACAUAAUCAUCUGGCCCUCUUCCCAAAGUUUCAUGUAUACAGAUGACUGGUUCUGUGGGUGGGGGGGUAAUGGAAACAUGAUUUAAUGCUAGUGAUUUAGACCAAUGGAUUUUCUAACACCGGCGAGCUAGUGUUGGUGCGAUUGAGUCAGUUUGAAAUUGUGCGAAUGUCAUUUUAGUGUAUUGUUGUUUCUUUUUCUAAAUGACGGAGGCCAGAGCCUAUGUAUAUGUAUAUGUAAUCCCCCCCACUGUACAGUAUACCCAGGUGUUCCUUCCAGCUAAACCCCCUUUAAGGAAGGGAUUUACCAGAGAGAUGAUCCACGCAGUCGGGGUUACACACACAGGGCUAUCAAACUGACUCCUCCAGUCAGAGGCUUUGUAAAAUCGGCUUGUCUUUGAUUGUAGAGGAACCUUGAUCAGUGUAUGAAACACUAUACCAUAGGUAUUUUUGUUCCUCGUGUCCUUUUUAUUUUUCACUCUACCUUACUCCCGUCACCUGUCACUCAGUGCUCACCGCGUCCCCAGUUGUCAGAGGGGGAUGUUUGAUUGCAUGCGUUCACACAGAGUGUUGCAUCUGGACUUUUGAAUCUAAUUUAAUUGCUUUUAUAACGGUGAUAAUAAUAUGUUAUUUGGCUGUAGGUUUGCACAACUACAUUUUUCUGAUUUUAUUUCUUUUCUCUUUUGUGUUUUGUUGCAUUUUUAUGAUUUUAAGUAAUUCUUUUGUUUGGAAGGGUUGAAGCAUUUAGGAAUAUCGCAGCUACCAGAAAUGAGCUCCAGAUUUGUAGGAUUAGAUCAUUUCUGUAAAUGUUCUCCAGAUGAAAGUCUUGCCUUGUGACCUGUUGUGGCAAGUUAUUCUCAGGCCAAGAUGGAGGUAUAUAUACAGUACAUUAAUAUAUAUAUAUAUAUAUAUAUACACAGAAAGCAUGCAUACAUAUAGUGAGAAACCACAAGUGGACAGAAGGCGCAUAUAGAGGCAAUAGUUACGUGUUUCCUUUACAUCAACACCAAGGUCCUGUUACAGUGUCCUAACAAAAGGACCUUGGUCUUUUCCAGCUCUUUUUUGUUUUCUCAUAUUUUCCUACUGAGCCAUACAUUUGUUGACAUUCUGUGUUGUUUUGGGGCAAAUGAGUGUUUUAAGCUGCUUGCUCUCCACUGCUGGUGAUUUGCUGUUUUUUUUUUCCACUCCACUGCAGGCCUGUGUUCAGUUUUUGGUGUUUGUUCAGCAUUUAUCCGUUGCUUAUUAAUGUUAUAUCCUCACUGCAUUUGAAGUCGUGUUCAUUUUAAAUGCACUAAGAUUAAGAGUGUCUCUCCUUUGAUCUUCCUGCAGCAAACAACCAUUUUUUUUUUCUCUAGCCAGAGGGGGUAAAUAAAUACAUAAUAAUACAUACAGUUUAGCCUUGCGGGGACCACAUGAUGACAUUGUACUGUUCCAGAGAUGAUGGUUCUUUUUUUGUCAGAAAUAAACAAAAAAAAACUACUACAAACUGUUUCAUCUCCAAAUUUGCAUGAGGAAGAAAAAAAAACAGCAGUAGAGAGCGUCAUUUUGCAAUAUUUGACAGAAAAGAGCAGUCGGUCAUAUUUCUAUCCCACUGUAUCCACAUACAGAGCAUAUUCCCCUUUGCUAAACUGAACGAAAAAUCACAAAACUCCCCCCCGCAUCUUUUUAUGUUAGAUGGAGUGGAAGACAAUGGAUCUGACAGGUGGGGAAGAGGUUAAGAUAAACAUAAGCUUGUGUUUCUGCUGUAUCUCUGUAAAGUUGUUGGUUGAGGAUGACUUGCUGCUUAGAAGGGAGGGCAGAGCAGGCUUGAACUUACAGUCCCAUCUUGGGUUAUCAAGACCUGGGUCACGUAGUACUUGCAGAAAAUUCUUCUUGUUCAGUGAAUUCUGUUUGGAGUAUGCAAACAUUUUACACAAGACAAGAUAAUACACUGUUAUUGUGAUUAUGAGAAAAACGUACCCCUGUGUACCCCACCAGUGUGGUACUCCAAGUAGGAUUAAACAAAACAAUGACAAUUACAUGUAAAUACUAAUUGAUCCAGGCCCGGGUUGUUAAACACACUACACUGACCUGUUCUGGAGUCUCUGACCAUCACCGUGAUCAAUGUAAGCAGUCGGGAAACUGUUUUGUAUGUAUAUAAAUAAAUAAAUAAAUAAAUAAGUCUAUCUGAGAAGAAGAUUAAUAUUCCUAGUCAAGUAGUCUCUCUGGUGUAUAAAAACAAUCCAACCUGGUUGGACUAUGUAGCAUCUUAAUAAAUUAAAUGAAUAAAGCCCCUACCUAUC